CUUUGCUUUUUAAUAUACAUUUUUGAGUCAGCUUAACAAGUUACACACAUGUACAUACACACACACACACACACUUGACAUUUUUAUUGGAAUUUUUUUAGUUUUUUCUUGGAAUUAUAUUAAAUCUGUAGACGAAUUUGGGAAGAAUUGACUACUUUGGAAUACUGAAUCCUCCAAUUACAAACAUGGCAUGUUAUCUCUCUUAUUUAGGUCUUUUAAAAUAUCUUUGUUUUUUUUAAAGUAAGCUCAAUGCCCAGCACGGAACCCAGCAUGGACUGAACUCAGGACCUGAACUCAGGACUCUGAGAUCAAGACCUGAGCUGAGAUCAAGAGUCUUCAGAUUAAGAGAAAUCACACUCAAAGUCAAACCAAGAACUGCCCCCUGAGAAGCCUUACUGCACCGGUACCUGAUUUAGAUACUGGAGUUCGAUUCUGGACCUUGAACCUGAGCCCCAUGCCAUAAUCGGAUAAGACUUGGGGGCAGCGCUUGCAAGGGCUCUUCCUAGAGAAGAGGACAUGGCCAAGACACAAGUAAAGCUGAGGACUUUGCUUUCUUUGCAGGACCCAGUGACAUUCCAGGAUGUGGCUGUAGAAUUCACUCAGGAAGAGUGGGAGCACCUGGGCACCACUCAGAGGGCACUGUACCGAGAAGUCAUGCUGGAGAACUACAGGAGCCUAGCCUCCCUGGGGUGCCAGGAUUUCAAGCCUGAUGUGAUCUCCCAGCUGGAGCAAGGCAGAUCACCAUGGAUGGUGUGGAGAGACAUCCCUAGAGACCCCUCUCCAGACCAAGAGACCAGAUCUAGAACUGCAAAGUCAAAUCUGAAGCAACUAAUUUCUGAAGAAUUUUCCCAGGGCAUGGUAAUCAACAAAGGUAAAAGGAAUGGAAUCUGUUACUCCACCAGAGAAGUCCUAGAAUCUCUUAGCUGUUUAGAGAGCCAUCCAGGGCAGAUGGCAUUUAUCCGUAAGAAAAUCCUGACUCAGGAGAACAUUCUUGAAGAUACUGGAUUUGAGUGUGGACAGCAGUCAGACUUUGUUACUCAAAGCACAAUUCCUUCAGGGAAAACAAAGUAUAAAGAUGACAGUUAUGGCAGCAGCUUUUCACAUAGCCUAAAUCUAAGUAAUCAUCAGAGAAUCUACACAUGUGAAAAGCUAUACAAAUGUGAUCAAUGUGGGAAUGACUUUAGCUGUGGUCUGGAUCUCACUCAACACCAGAGUACACAUACUGGAGUUAACUCAUACCUUAUUAGAUACCAGAAAUUUGGUGCUAGAGAAAAGCCCUUCAAAUGCAGAAAUUGUGGCAAAUCUUUUAGGAGGGGGACACACCUUAUACAACAUGAAAGAUGUCACACAGGAGAGCGACCAUAUGAGUGUAAUGUAUGUGGGAAGUCCUUCAGCUGGGACUCGUCCCUUAUUCUACAUCAGAGAACUCAUACUGGAGAAAAACGCUAUGAGUGUAGGGAAUGUGGGAAGGCCUUCAGCCAAAGUACAUGUCUCACACAGCAUCAGAGGAUUCAUACAGGAGAGAAACCUUAUGAAUGUAAUCAGUGUGGGAAGGCCUUUAGCCAAAGUUCACAUCUAACUCUGCAUCAGAAAACUCAUACUGGGGAGAAACCCUAUGAAUGCAAUCAGUGUAGCAAAGCCUUUAUUCAGAGCAUUCAACUUACUCUGCAUCUAAGAACUCAUUCUGGAGAGAAACCUUAUGAAUGUACUGAAUGUGGUAAGACCUAUAGUCAUAGCUCAUCCCUAAUGCAGCACAAGAGGAUUCAUACUGGAGAAAAACCCUUUGAAUGUAAAGAAUGUGGGAAAGCCUUUACACAGAGCAUUCAACUUACUUUACAUCUGAGAACACAUACUGGAGAGAAACCCUAUGAAUGUACUGAAUGUGGCAAAGCCUAUAGUCAUAGGUCAUCCCUUAUUCAACAUAAGAGGAUCCAUACUGGAGAAAACCCCUUUGAAUGUAAUGAAUGUGGGAAAGCUUUCCGAUGGAACACACACCUUACUCAACACCAGAGAAUUCAUACUGGAGAGAAACCUUACAAGUGCAAAAAAUGUGACAAAUCUUUCAGCAGAAGUACACACCUUAAUCAACAUCAAAGAAUUCAUACUGAAGGGAAACCCUACAAGUGUAACGAGUGUGGGAAGACUUUUGGUCAGAGUGUGUAUCUGACUCAACACCAGAGGAUGCAUACUGGAGAAAAACCCUAUCAGUGUGAGGAAUGUGGAAAGGCCUUCACUGUAAAUGCAUACCUUGCUCAACAUCAAAGAAUUCAUAAGAGAAAUAAACCUUUAUUAUGUGGCAGUCACAAAGAAAUUUUGACUGGAGAGAAAUUCAACAAAUGUAUUUAAUGUGGGAAAAAUUUCAGCAUAAGCACAGGUAUUCCUCAACAUGAAUAAAUUAAUAAAAGAGAGAACUCCUAUAAAUAUAACUGUGGAAAAUAUUUCACUUCUACCAUGCCACAAAUGCUAGAAUACUAAUAUGUUCAUCAUAAAGAAAACUAAAAAAGUGGAAAAUGUGUGAAAUGUUUUAAUGUAAUAUGACCUCUUACUAUAAGUUUAAAAAAAAGAUUUUAUUUAUUUAUUCAUGAGAGACACAGAGAGAAGCAGAGACACAGGCAGAGGGAGAAGCGGGCUCCUUGCAGGGAGCCCAGUGUGGGACUCGACCCCCAGGCCCAGGAUCAGUACCCAAGCCGAAGGCAGAUGCUCAACCACUGAACCACCCAGGCAUCCCAUCUCUUACUAUAGGUUAAAGGAAAAAUACUGAGGAGAACCUUAUAAAUAACAUCUUUAAAACCACAAAGUUUGGGCAGCCCGGGUGGCGCAGUGGUUUAGCGCCGCCUGCAGUCCAGGGUGUGAUCCUGGAGAUCCGGGAUCGAGUCCCACGUCGGGCUCCCUGCAUGGAGCCUGCUUCUCCCUCUGCCUGUGUCUCUGCUUCUCUCUCUCUCCUGCUCUGUAUCUCUCAUGAGUAAAUAAAAAAUAAAACUUAAAAAAAAAUAAAACCACAAAGUUUCAAAUGAAAGUUAAAUCUUCUUAUAUAUCAUGCUGAAUUUCUAGAAAAGUUGUAGGAAUAAUGUCUGUUGAAUCUAUAAAUGAUAUUAUAUAUAAGGAGGCCUCACUCUACAUAUACAGAGCUUUAAAUACUGUAGAUCAUGGGCCAAAUCCAAC